AUGGCGCCUUCAAGCGCCACCUCGGGCGCCCUCUUCAGUCCAGCGUCGCUCAACCUGCCGCGACCAUCCACCCGCGACCGAGACCGUGACCGAGACCGAGACCGAGACCAUCGUGACCGUGACCGAGAUCAUCGUGAUCCUUCGUCGUCGCUGUCCGCCGUCCGCAGCAGCAGCAAGGAGCGCAAGGCGUCCUUCUCCUCGCUCAAGGCCUCGCUGCCCGGCGCUCGACGCCGCAACGCUGCCAACAACCACAACAACGCAACCGCCGCCAGCGCCGACGCCGGUGCGCCUGCUCUCCCCGACCUCGCCCAGGCACUCGCCGCCGCGGCCAAGAUUGUGAGCAAGGACGCCGCCCAAAAGGACAAGGACAGGGAGAGGGAAAAGGAAAAGGAGAGGGAGAGGGAAAAGGACAGGGACCAGGAAAAGGACAGCCGGAGGGACGCCAUCGAAGGGCCUCGAGCGCCGUUUAGCCCCCCCGAACCAUCCAUGAUCUCGCGGGCCGCCACCGUCGCCGCCAUGGUUCCUCCUCCUGCAACGCCGGUCGAGGCGCGUCCCGGCAUGAGCAGCACCAUGUGGGCGCUGGCGCAGGGCGAGGCUCAUGUGCUUCACCAGCAGAUCACCGAGAUGGCCCAGAAGCGGGUGUCGACGCUGGACUACCUGCGAAAGGCCCACGAAGGCCGCGUCUACUGGUUCAACACGUACCUCUUCGACAAGCCCGACCUCUCCCGCAUGCCCAGCUUCGACCCUCGCAAGCUCUCCCGCAAGGCCACCAACUACCUGCUCCUCGGCCUCUCCAUCCCCACCAUCCACGACCUCUACUCCUCCACGCCCCUCGAGUUCCUCCGCUGCCUCAACGCCCUCCUCGCCGAGUUCGACUCCUUCCAGCAGCUGCACGGCGACUCCUCCACCGCCGCCCUGACCCGCGCCCGCAUCCCCAACAUGUUUCGUCGUCCCGGCACCAAAACCCGCCGCUCCACGUCCGCAGACGUCACCGUUGACGAUUCGUCGGCCUCUGGCCACCACUCGCCCGCCGGCGGCUCCAACAAUGCCGGUCCCGCGCCCGCUGUUAUGAACUUUGCGGCCUCUGAAUCCGACUUACUCCCCGGCGAGGAAUACACAUAUCUGCUAACGCCAUCGUUGCCGUUCGACCCCGACUUCUUCGAGACGUUUGCGACGCUGUGCGAUGUGCUCAUUGACUGCUACACGCGCUUCCUGGCGCUGGUGCCGUCGCCCAGAGAGUGCUCGGCGCCCAUUGCCGAGCUCUUCACCAAGGCGGAUUCGAAGAUCCGCAAAAUCAUCGUACAGGGCGUGGUCAAGGAUUUUGAAGACCACAGCAGAUCGCACGCAAGGUCCGAAGUGGCGGGCUUGGGCAAAGCCGUUUUGGGAGGGUUAAUGUGA